AUGUGUGGGGAGGAGGAAGAAACAAAUGAACACAUGCUGCUGUUCUGCCCCUUUGUUAUGUCGAUAUGGAAGCACUCUGUUCUUCGCCUUGACACUUUACUAGGAGGUAAUGAAGGGGUUGGGGACUGGUGCAACGUGAUGAGAGGAAAGCUAAAAGACCAAUCUUGGUGGAACAUCUUCUGGUGUUUGGCGUGGGGAGUUUGGUUGAGGCGAAAUGCGUGGGUGUUUGAAAGAAAGAGAAAAAUAGAAUCGGAAAUCAUCCAUAAAGAAAUUUGCCUCGUUGGGGAGUAUGAAAAAUCUCUAGAGCAGGUUGUGAUUGGGAAACCACCUCCACCUUUUGGAACGAUUUGGAAAGCUCCAAUUGCUAGACUUCGCAAGCUAAAUUCGGAUGUGGCUAUAUUUGAGCAGCAGCAAAAUAUUGGGUUUGGGGGCAUUUUAAGGGAUGAGAUGGGGGAUGUGCUUAUGGCAUGUUGUGGGUGUGUUGUUGGGAGCUUCGAGGUGGAUGUAGGGGAAGCAAUGGCGAUGAGAUAA